AAUCACACUCGCCGGAGUGCUCCGCCGUGUAAUCUAGUCCCCCCCUUCCCAAUCCCUCGCCUGAUUCGAGCGCGCGGACGGGAGGAUUGCUUCGAUGCACCGGCGUCGGCGCGAGCGGUCGGGCAGGCGGUGGCCGGAGCUUUGCGCCGGCGGCCGCCUGAGAUGGGGAGGAAGAUGGAGGCCAGGCGUCGGCGUGUGCCCCUUCUUCCCGCGCGGUGCACCAGCGAUGGCCGGAAGGGGGUGGGUGGAGCGGGAGGACGGCGGCCAGUCGGACCAUCAUGAGCAUGAUCACACCCAUGACCCUGGUGUUUCCUCCGUAAGCAUUUUUUGCGAAGGGGAGAUGGAUCUCUAAAAGUAAAAAGGUCAGAUUUAAAAUUGUCUGGCAUGCAUUUAUAUAUUUUCUCAAGAUAGCCAAGAUGAAUCUCUAGUGCUGACAUAUGCCGGAUGAAGGGACUACUCUCUAUCAGUGGAAUGUCUCAAUGCUUUGCCUUUCAGAUUUGCACAGAUGGGAGAACAAAUUGCUAUGUGUUCUGCUGCGCUCUCGUUAUGGACCACUUCCAUGUUAUCCAUCUGCAAUGAGUGUAUAUGACACUUUACAUGGAUCUCCCAACAGAUUGAAUGUGCCGCGCAUGAACGAGAUCGUGCCCAUCAGCAGAAACCUCAACCGGGAAGAGCGGGAGCCGGGCUUCCAGGAUUGCCUGCUGAAGGAAUAGGCCAGAGACACCAAGUUUCUCUCUCUGCUUCUCCUUUUUCGCGGGGUGGAUCUCCAGCUCCAUGAUUUUGAGCUUUGCGGCUGCAUCCAGAACUUGUUCUUCAAAUGCUUAGGCUCAACUGUGCUUGAACUGACAUGAAGCGUACGCGAGGUGUAUGUAUAUCGACCUGGCCGUUUCAUUGUUGGAACCUGGCCGUCGUGCCGUCCACUGCUGUUCUCAUAUGAGUCAACAACUUCAUCAACCUGGCGUACAAUACCGUCGCCCCAUGGGCAUUUGGCAAGCUCAGGCACCUUGAACAAAUGGCAAGACCUUCACAGCUAUUCGCCAGGCACGUGAUAGUGGUGUAAUUACCACGCGCACGUAAUUAAUGAUAAACCCACGGGAUAAAUCAGUUGCAAACCGCACGUAUGUACGGACACCGUAUAUGAUUCCAUUGCAUGGUCGGAGUCGGACACGGAAACCGAAUCCCGUACGUGUGGUGAUCGUUGGUGUCCGUCACCGAUUCGUAUCGAGUGAGUACUCGUCGAGUACUCCGCGCAGCUUUGCCUAUAUAUUCAUAACCUACCUACCUAGCUGCAAAGCAAGGCUGAACGUUCGCUGGAAACAUAUUAGAAUCGAUUAGAAAACAAGUUUUUGUUUUCUCCAUCGUACAGCCGAGAGGAGGCUAUGAAGAUCCGGCAUGUGCUCACCCAAUCCGUCACCUUCCUCGUUAUGGUCGUUGCAUUGUUGGUGCUGGUGCCCGAGGGAAUAAUGCUAGUGACGGGUGUCAAGACACCGGCGAUGGCGGUUUUAUCAGAAAGUAUGGAGCCCGGAAUUAAAAAGGGCGAUAUGGUGUUUGUGCACAACAUGAGCAAUGAACCUUUCCGCUUAGGAGAGAUCAUUCUUUUCAAGGUUGAUGGCUUUGAACAUCCAGUUGUCCAUCGUGUGAUCAAGGUUCACGAGAAUCGAGAUACUGGAGAAAUCCGAAUACUCACCAAAGGAGACAACAAUUUAGUGGAUGACCGAUUUCUCUAUGCGAGCGGGCAGCUUUGGCUUCAACCGCAUGACAUUAUUGGACGGGUUGCAGGCUACCUGCCAUAUGCUGGAUGGCCUACUGUCUUCAUCAGUGUAUCUUAUAAGAUGUUGCUGAAUGGUCGAAGCACUACUACUCCAGAAGUAUACUGGGUAACAAUGUAACCGCGGCAGAUUCAUAUGGGUUGUCUCCAUAAUGUCUUGUUAGGGGUUAAAGAACGCAUGAAGCGAUCGAAGAGUAUGUAAAAGAUGUAUCAUUAUCAUAGUCUCCACAACAUAGUAAUAGAAGUAAUUGAGCUCCAUCCGUCUUGUUGAAGUCAUUUUCUGUAGCACGGUUGACAAGAUUUCUUUUUUCGAGAACACGCAAAAGUCUUACAUUUCUUUGCACGAUCGACAUGAUUCUAACUCCUUCUUUGAAAGGUAGAUUUUGGUGAAA